UUGAUCAGGAGGGAAGCAAUACUUAUUUACUAAUCAUCUCUGUAUUAUUCUUAUUGCAGAUGUAAAUGAACCAAUUGCGCAUAGGCUUAGAUCCAGAGCUCCUCUGGAGCCCAUCGCUAAGAGGACCAGAUCUAAGACCCCAGAGGACCAAAGUCAGCAUCAGCUACCUCCUAUGGCGUGCAUCACUAAGAGGGCCAGAUCUAAGUCCCCAGAGGACCAAAGUCAGCAUCAGCUACCUCCUAUGGCGUGCAUCACUAAGAGGACCAGAUCUAAGUCCCCAGAGGACCAAAGUCAGCAUCAGCUACCUCCUAUGGCGUGCAUCACUAAGAGGGCCAGAUCUAAGUCCCCAGAGGACCAAAGUCAGCAUCAGCUACCUCCUAUGGCGUGCAUCACUAAGAGGACCAGAUCUAAGUCCCCAGAGGACCAAAGUCCGCAUCAGCUACCUCCUAUGGCGUGCAUCACUAAGAGGACCAGAUCUAUGUCCCCAGAGGACAAAUGCAAGUGUCAGCCGAUUGCUAAGAGGACCAGAUCUAAGCCCCCAGAGGACAAAUGCCAGUGUCAGCUACCAUCUCUGGCACCCAUCGUUAAGAGGGUCAGAACAAAGUCCCCAGAGGACCAAAGUCAGCAUCAGCUACCUCCUAUGGCGUGCAUCACUAAGAGGACCAGAUCUAAGUCCCCAGAGGACCAAAGUCAGCAUCAGCUACCUCCUAUGGUGUGCAUCACUAAGAGGACCAGAUCUAAGUCCCCAGAGGACCAAAGUCAGCAUCAGCUACCUCCUAUGGCGUGCAUCACUAAGAGGACCAGAUCUAAGUCCCCAGAGGACCAAAGUCAGCAUCAGCUACCUCCUAUGGCGUGCAUCACUAAGAGGACCAGAUCUAUGUCCCCAGAGGACAAAUGCAAGUGUCAGCCGAUUGUUAAGAGGACCAGAUCUAAGCCCCCAGAGCACAAAUGCCAGUGUCAGCUACCAUCUCUGGCACCCAUCGUCAAGAGGGUCAGAACAAAGUCCCCAGAGGACCAAAGUCAGCAUCAGCUACCUCCUAUGGCGUGCAUCACUAAGAGGACCAGAUCUAUGUCCCCAGAGGACCAAAGUCAGCAUCAGCUACCUCCUAUGGCGUGCAUCACUAAGAGGACCAGAUCUAAGUCCCCAGAGGACCAAAGUCAGCAUCAGCUACCUCCUAUGGCGUGCAUCACUAAGAGGACCAGAUCUAAGUCCCCAGAGGACCAAAGUCAGCAUCAGCUACCUCCUAUGGCGUGCAUCAAUAAGAGGACCAGAUCUAAGUCCCCAGAGGACAAAUGCAAGUGUCAGCCGAUUGUUAAGAGGACCAUAUCUAAGCCCCCAGAGCACAAAUGCCAGUGUCAGAUACCAUCUCUGGCACCCAUCGUUAAGAGGGUCAGAACAAAGUCCCCGGUGGACCAAUGCCAGCAUCAGCUACCACCAAGACCAACAUCACCAUCAGAUAGGCGUCGCACUCCAAUUGAUCAUAUUGCUUACCGGACGAAAGAUGAAUCAGUGCUGCCCGAGGAACAGAGAAUUGUGUCAGCAAGAAGACGGAUUCAUAGUAGGCAGCAAGAGGAGGAAAGAAUCGGAUCUCCAGUGGUUCCAGGCAUUGCAGAGACCCCAUCAGAUCGUGGAUCUCAGAAGGAGGGGGAGAGAACCGGAUCUCCAGUGGUUUCGGUCACUGCAGAGACCCCCAAUGACCAGACACCCCCUCCCACUGAAGAGCCAAUGGAGACGGACAUAAAAUGGGCCAUCGAGUCUGACCCAGAAGCUGGUGGAGCUGGACAAUGGAGGGUCACUUAUUCAUGUUGCACCGAAAACGACCAACCAGGGAAAGUGUCUUAUGUUAAUGGAAGAUGGAGGAUUGAAACUCCUUUUACUGAGCAAGAGAUGGCGGGCUCUCCAUGGAGCAUGUCCUAUGAAGAAGACGCCUUCAGGAUCAGAAAUCCACAUUCCACCCAGGCGAGAUUUCCAUGGAGCGUCUCUUUUGAAGAAAACCGUCUCUUAGGGUAAGUGUCUUACAUCAGUCAGGUUGUUCUCCCACAUUUAC